AAGAUAGAAGACGAAAAGCUCUAAAGAAACCAAAAAAGCAGAUGAGGGAAAAAUGAGACGUGACAACAUUUUCUCUAAUCCUUGAAGAAGAUGGGCAACAACCUUUUAAAUUCUAUAUAAACAAUUCCCAUAUUACUCACAUUCAUUUUAUUAGUAUCAAGUAUAGCUGCCCCUCCAUUGUACAAAGACAUGGCAAACCUACUUGGCCUUUUCUCAAUAGUUCUCAUGUUCUCUCAUCUUUACUUGGCUAAAAUGGCAGAAUCUGCCAUUACCAGACAUUCAAGUCCCAUCGACUUCAUCAGGGCGUCUUGUAAGGCAACUCGCUACCCCACGUUAUGCUAUCAAUGUCUGUCAGGUUAUGGUAGUGCCAUAAGACAAAGUGAGCAUCAACUAACUCUUACUGCUUUGUCAGUGAGUUUAGGGAGGGCAAGAUCAGCCGUUGCGUUUGUGGGCAAGCUCACUAAAGUAAAGGGAAUCAAGCGUAGAGAGUAUAUGGCAGUGAAAGACUGCAUAGAAAACAUGAGUGAUAGUGUGGACCGACUUGGCCAAUCAGUAAGGGAGCUUGGGCAUGUGGGUGCAACCGUUGGUCAGGACUUCAUGUGGCACAUGAGUAAUGUGCAGACUUGGGUUAGUGCUGCAUUAACCGAUGAGACCACUUGCUUAGAUAGGUUUGGUGGUCGUCGUAUGGAUGGAAACGUGAAGGCUGCAAUUAGGAGGAGGGUCACCAAUGUUUCUCAGGUCACUAGUAAUGCUCUUGCUUUGAUAAAUCGUUUCGCCGCAAGACACCGAGCAACUGAUGAGAAGCAUUAGCUUUCAUUUGGCUACUUCUUGGAGGUCACUGAAUUUUGUGUAUAACAUGAUAUGGUAUCUGGAUGUGAUAUCUCUUAGAGUUUGUGUCCAACUUUUGUUUGUAUCAUGUUUGGGUUUGGUUUAGCUUGUUUUCGGCAAGCAAGUAAAAGUAAAACUGUAUAAUUAGGAAACUUUAGAUCAAAUCUUAAGUGUGUUGUGCCAAAUUGUAAGCGUGUUUUGCAGCAUAAAGGGAUUUUGCUUCUAUAAUGCUAUUAGGCAUCAUUUG